UCUACACCAGUCUGUUCAAAAUAUUGUGGGUGCACAUGGUGCGACUGAUUUUCUCCCGGCUCUCCAUUCUUUCCUUCAGACGAAUCUCCCGCACAACACCAUCGUACCAGGCGUUCAAGACCGUUUCAACAUUUAUCGUCAAGUUGUCAUUGUGACGCCACCUGCUUUUCAAGUUAGCGAGGCUCCAAUGUCCAGGCGGAUUAGAGCCACCCCAGAGAAACUUGCAUCAGGACGGAAGGCUGGUAGUCCAGCUCGAUUUGAUAUGGCAUUGAUAUUGGAUGGUCCUUGGACUUCACAGCUGUGUUCUCUAGAUGCAGGUUUGUGUGUGGCUCAAGUUCGUGCUAUAUUCUCACUCCCUCAUCAGUUUGGUGAAUACUCAAGAGCCCUUGCAUACAUAGAGUGGUUCACGCCUUUCUGAGCACCAGACCCUUCAUCUUGAAUGCAACAAGUGUCACACUCAACCUGCCAAUUUCACCAGAAUGCAGCAGUGAUUCAUGUUGACAACAUUGUGUGGCCAUGCCAUCUAAUACUGAAGAUGGGAGAGUCAGUGUACCUGAGGUUGAUAUGUGGUAAUGUGUAUGAAGCAGCUAAUGAUUUUUAUUUUAAUGAUUUCAUUGAUGGUGAGAUGUUUUGUGCAUCUGUGACAAGUAUUUAGAAGCCAGGAUGUCCAUAUAUAUUUAGUAGACCUGCAAAUACUAGAUAGUUGUGCCUGUAGCUGCCUGUAGUGACCUGUAGCACAGUGGUAACUCUGGUAGUAUCCUGUAGCUACUGUAGCACAGUCAUGACUCCUGUAGCUCCAUGUAGCAUGG